AUGUCUUUCUUCAAUCUCGAUCCUUCGCACCAUAACCAGGCUGCACCCGGAUUUUCUCAGGCUCAUGAUCCUUGGGCCGGUCUCUCGAAUCGCAACGAUAAUGCAGAUGAUGGAAUGGACUUUGAAGAGACUUAUGAUGGCCUCGGCGAUCAAUUAGACGAAACUGACGACGCAUUCAACGACGAUACAUUUGGCGGCGGCGGCGGUGGCAGUGGUGGCGGUGGUGGACCGGCGCCUGGUUCAGUUGGCAAAGACUUUGACUUCUUUGGCCAGACAGCGAAGGUGGCCAAUGCAAUCGAGGAGGAGCAUCUGCGAUUCAAUCGCCAGCAGCCAGCCUCGAGAGCUGUUCCAUCUGGGCCAGCUGUCCACGCGGGGAGUUCUUCGUACCAUUAUGCCCCCCAAUAUGUCUCCCAACCUGCGCGUACUGGGUAUGAGAAAUACAAGGGUCCCGAGCCGGGAAUGGAUCUUCAGGUUGAUGCCGCUCUUUGGGGCGUUGCGCCAAAGAAGCCCACUGUACCGGCUCCUGUGCCAGUCAGCCAGCCUCAACAAGUGCCGGUCGCUGCUAGCCGAAAGAUGAUGAGCCUCGAAGAAGUUGAGGCUGCUAUGAGAGCCCAGUCUCAACCAAAGAAGCAAUCUGAUACUCAGCCGUUGAGCACAGCUCCUUCGCAACCCCGUGUUCAAUCCCAGCAAACGCACCACUACCAAACUACGGAUUAUUACGCUCAACGCCCGGAGUCUCAAGGCCCUCCCCCACCCGAGGCCGCUCAACCUCAUGGACAUGGUCAUCCAGUGACAAUCUUGCAGAGACCUCAAUCGAAGUCGAAGCAGCCACCACCACCGGCGCCUCAGCCUGGCAGUCCUAUGGGUCAAUCGCGACAGCAAGCUGCUCCACCUGUUCAGCCCACGCAGAUUUUGCAAAAUCCAAAUCGCUUGUCGGGUGAUGCUGCCCGCAUAGGUGUUCCGACACAUCCGACGCACCGACAACAGAAUUCGGUUUCACGGCAAACCCCAAUCAUCACCCAUCCGUCUCAAGUCUCCCAACUAUCCGAAGAAGAGAAGGCUGCAUAUCUCGAGCAGGAAGCAAAACGUGCAAAGAGAAAUCAUAAGAUCUACCUUCUGUCGCGGGAUAAUGGCAUCAUGACACCUCAGGACAAGAAUUUUGUAACUCGAAUCCAGCUUCAACAGCUCGUGUCUGCUACUGGAAACCCGAAUGAUCAUGGUACUGAUGAAGCUCUUGCCGAAGACUUUUAUUACCAGGUUCACAAUCAGAUCCGUGGAGGACAACGACAGCACCCUAGCCAGCCGCUGAACAAUUUCGCUCAGACUUACCUCUACCAGACUGGAAGUCGACACAAUGGCCCGAGACGUUACAAUCGGGGUGCCGAGAACCAUAUGCAGCGAAUGGAACAGCAAGUCCAGCGUGCUGUCGAGGCAGCGAAGAACAAGCCCAAGAACUCUCAGCUGGUCAUUGAGGGUAGUCUGGGAAAGAUUUCAUUCAGCAACGCGAAGACCCCUAAGCCACUUCUGAAUAUAAAGCGUUCUGAGAGUGGCGACGUUCAUCGCCAUAAGACCCAUGCCAAUGAAGCCGGGAUCGAUAGGAAGACUGUGCUCCAGGAUAUCGAAAAGGUCUAUAGCACCUUGAUGAAGAUGGAGGAUCAUGAUCGCAAAAUGCCGCCACCAGUGAAGGACGAAUCUGAUACCAACCUAAUCCAAGAGCAUGUUGAGUGGGGAGAUGCUGCCCAAAGGCUCAACUCACAAUUAUGGCGGGAGCUCAAGGUGCAUGAGCCGCUUGGCGCAACUCCUGUUCAUCCAUUCAUCGCUUUCCUCACCUUUGCCAAAGGCAAGAAGGCCAUUCCUCGUGUUUUCCGCCACACCACCCACGAGCAGCGAACCACCAUCUUGACGAUGAUCAUUGUUCACCUGGAUCAACUGGAUGUGAUUCGUAAGGCCUCAAUCACAGAGGGGCAGAUAAGCCUCAACGCUGCAAUGCGGGAGAAUAUCGAGUUGUUCUCCCUAGCCGUAGUUCAGACCUUGUUCAAUUUCAUGAGCGAACUUGAUUUGGAUAUCGUCUCAGGAGUUUUGGGACUCAUUUCUACUUUGAAUGUUGAUCUGAUUGCCAAGACGCGUAUCGGCGUAUCAGUCUUGACCAUGAUCCUCAGCCGCGCCGAGAUCAUCAGACAAUCUGGUGGCGGCAAUGAACAAUCCUGGAAGAUGUGGGAAAGCACUUACACCAAUUUCUUCAACAUUAUUGAGCCGUCACUGCCACAUAUUUUCCCGGGAACCGUCAUCUCCGGAGAAGAUGUUUACGUAUGGCAGCUUCUGGCGGCGCUCGGCAUAGGAGCCAAUCCCGACCAGCAGCAGCGUCUCGUUCUUGGUGUCAAAGAUCGGGUCAUGGAGACUGUAGCGAUUGCUAAAUCGCUCCCCCCCGACCUGUCGGCACAGCGUCUUUCAAACGUGAAUCUAUUCAUGCGAUCCAUCGGGCUCGAUGUUGAAUUGUUAGGCUAA